GACCCAACCUACAAAGCUGCCGACUUCAACUUAUGGCUCUGUCGUGGAAUGCAGUUCGCCGACAACAAGGCGAAUGUUCAGACAUACACGGCCGGACAGACGGUGCAUUUCGAUGUCAAGAUCAUGGUUAGGCAUACCGGGACCGCGAACAUGAGUAUCGUGGAUAUGAAGAGCAAUAAGAUCGUCAAGCAAUUGUUGUAUUGGGAUCAGUAUGCGGACGAGAAGCAGAAGACGUUGCCGGCGAAUAAUACGGCGUUUGAUGUUACGAUUCCGAGCGACUUGAAGGGUGCUUGUGCUACUGCUGGAGACUGUGUCCGUCAAUUGUGGUGGUAUGGAGUUGGCGUCAAGCAGACUUAUGAGUCGUGUGUGCACUUCACGGUUGUU